UCUCAGGAAGUAGUUCGAGGAGGGCGCAUGCUCGACAGCAUCUCAACGAAUCUCGGGUCUAGAGUGCCGACACGACAAUCGCCUGCUUCUUCGACGACUCGUGAUGCCCGCCUCACUCUCCCAAAGUCCAUCUUCGAAUUCCGCAAUCGCCACACAGCCUCGAUGGACAAGAAUCUGUACUAGUGCCGGGCUCAAUCACUCGGACCUGUCAAAUGUACCACCGCUGGACAGCCUACCUACACGCACUUCAACCCUGGAUAUCCAAGGUCGCAAAACCGAAGUUCUGGCCCAAGCAUUCGAAGACCGGACACUGGUCGUCGUCACCCAAAGACCUGGCACGGUGGGCUAUUUUGUGCAAGCAACGACGUCUUCUCCAGAAAGCGCACUGCCAUUAGGUCAGGGCACGUCCUACGAGCUCGAUUUUGAGCGGAAAGAAGACCUCACUACUUCUGCCUCCACACAUUCGCUCGAGGACUUCCCUACCCCGUUGAGCGGCACAACUCAGAAGAUCCUCUUCGGUAGCACUAGAGACGAAGAAGAGGAAGCUCUGUACGGUCUUUACCUCUCCACUUUGGCUGCUGCGCUCUACAAGCAAGGAGACGCUCGUCCGCUGGUGCUAGGUCUGGCUUUGAGUGAUCUACGGUCUGCUGCACAGCAGGAGGACUCGACCUCUGAAGCUGAACUCGAGAGAAGAGAGGGAGAGAGGCUGAAGGCUGUUGUUGAAGCUGUCAAGGCUUGCCGAGUCUGGUGAGAGACUCUUCGCCCCGCACAGAGCGCUUGCCAAAACACCCAAAACGUGCGGCACAAUUUGGCACAAUCGUGAUGCCGUCGGCUUUCAAGAGGCGUGCGCCUGCCCAGCGUGUAGUCGACACACUA